AUGAGCUCCAGCCUAGUGAAUUCUCUAUGUUUUCUCGUUCACUUUUACCUGAACCUCACACCCACUUUCCCUCCCUCCGCUCUCAUUUCUUUCUCUUUCAAUCGGAAAGAUCCGGAAUGCUACCCACCGGACGACCCCUGCUCCGAAUCGCCCUGUCAGAAUAGUGGUAUCUGCGUGAGGGCGGAGGGAACGACGCGUGGUUUUGUCUGUCAGUGCCCCCUCUUCUGGUGGGGCGACUUCUGUGAAAAGCACAUCUCACCCUGUUCCCUCGCCGAGCAGAUGGAGACCCGUGCACGAGAGUACAGCGCCAGUACGCGAAAUCGUUCCGUCUGCCUGAACGGCGGUGUCUGCAUCGACCACCCGACCAAGUUUGACUACUUCUGUAAAUGCCCCGAGGGCUGGACGGGCGAUCGGUGUGAACAGCCUGUAGGGCACGUAAGUUCUGGCUGCGCCGAAUGCGAAAUUGUCUGCAACCUCCUUCUUUUUUAA